AUGAAGAAAAUUUUGAAGAAACUAAGAGGAUAUUCGCAAUAUGAAUCCAUUAAGGUUGCUUUGCAAAAUGCAGUUUGUGAUUCAUUUACAAAAGAUGAAUUUGAGGAAUAUUGGCUUGCAAUGGUUGCAAAAUUCAAUCUGAAUGAAAAUGAGUGGUUGAGGGUAUUAUACCGUGAGCGACAUAGGAGGAUUCAUGCCUAUGUUAAAGACAUAUUUUGGGCUGGCAUGUCAACUACCGGUAGAAGUGAGAGCAUGAAUGUAUUUUUUGAUAGAUAUGUGAACUCGAAGACUACCUUAAAGCAAUUUUUUGAGCAAUAUGACAAUGCCUUGAGAAGUAAGGUGGAGAAGGAGACAAAAGCAGAUUUUAAAUCUCGUAACCAAUUGUAUGAUUGCUUAACGGUGUAUCAUCUUGAGAAGCAAUUUCGUGCAGCGUACACAAAUGCAAAAUUUAAAGAAGUUCAAGCUGAAAUGAAGCGUCUAGUGUACUGUCGUCUGAAUCUUAUGAAAGAGAAAGGAUCAAUUUGUACCUAUCAUGUGAGGGAGGCUAUUCUUCUAGGUGACGGUAUGAAGAAAGUGGAAUUUAUUGUGUAUUGUAAUUCAACUGAAUGUGAGCUCCAAUGUAUGUGUCGGUUGUUUGAGUUUAGAGGUAUUAUGUGUGCCCAUUCACUUAGUGUGCUCAUUGAGAGGUCCAUAUAUGAGUUGCAUGAUACCUAUCAUAAGACGUUGGAUGAGAUCCUAGAACUUGCCACCAAUGAUAAUGGUAAACACAAAGUGAUUCAACUUGGGUUGAGGGAAAUCAAGGAUCGAACAAUUGAAUCGGGUACUGCGAGUAAUGUGCCAUGUACUAGUACUAUACCACCUUCUACUAGUAUUGUACCACCUUUCCAAACUUCACCGAAAAGUUUAACUAGUCUCAAUACUAAAACAAGCAGAACUCGCAAGGUACUCAAUCCUUUGGUUGCUCGCCGAAGAGGCCGUCCAUGUACGAAGCGGAAGGUUAGCAAGGUUGAUGUGGGUGUUGAUUUUUGA